GGGAUGAAUGCCAAAAAUAACCUGAUUCAAUCGUGAAGAUCUGAGGCUCGGAAUUGUGAUCCGGCCAUUCGCAAGACUUGCCUGAGCCAUACUAUACUGCGAAUGCGCCAGCCAUCUCUAAAUCCAUGGAUCCAACAAUCUUAACCUUCCAUGCUUAUGCUGGUCGUGCUCUAUCUCGAUGAUGAACACCACGAUUCACAUUUGCCCCAUUUAGCGCCGGCCGUAACCAAAGUCCUUUCGCCUCCAGCAAAUUCUUUCCAUGGAACGGCGAACCGCUACUCCCGAUCUUAGAUGAGUCAGAUCCCAACCAGCAUCCACUCCCUCGUGCAACCGAAAUCCUCUGGGCCGUCUGGUGGGCUGGUGCUCCUGGGGUAAAUGCCUCUUUGGUCUUGCUGGCUCCGCCACCACGGGCAGACAGGCUGCUAGAAGGUGAUCGGCGCGGACACCAGACGCUGAUGCGGCGCAUGGCGUUUAUUAGCAUUCGGGAUCUGUCGUCAUUUUUGGCUUUCGCAAUAUCCGUCUGGUUCGUCUCAUCAUCCCAUCAUCCCAUCAGCGUACCGAGCACUAUAAUAUUCAACUCCAUGUCCCGGCAUAUUGAAGCUGUCUAUCCUUUACAGCCUGUGCACGCCGGCUACUCAAAGAGCGAUUCCACUGAUUGCAUUUUGCUGGGGAGUUGCUGGAUGGGGAAAUCACCUUGCAGGGAGAGAUCCCGAGGUUUGGCACCUUCCUCUCGUCCCAACUUCUGGCCUUGCAGGUUUCUAUCAAAAUGGAAGGUACGGAAGUACUUUUUCCUUCCUCUAAGCCAAGCUCUACCCCUUCACUCAUUUCGCUCGUCAUUUCGUUCCGACUGGUCAAACGUAGCCCAUCACAACAACGAUCACAGGCGCCCGCCACCAACUCGCACAUCAACUCGCGCAUCAUCCCAUCCGUCGGCGUCCGGCAGGGCCGCUUCCCCCUUGAAUCCGCCGGGCCCUGGCUGCUGCCCUGUCCUCGUCGUUUCAGUGUGAACCCUUGUCCUCGGCGUCUGUGCCUGUCGCAGAAUAACGACCUCGGCCCCACUUGCAAUACACAACCACACACACACCAACGUUUUUAUGCUCGCAGCGACCACACUACCAAGCUUCGUGUUGCCAAUCCCAAUUUUGCUUGCCGCCCUGGUCUUGGUCAAUCUUCAAGGGCCUUGAUGAGCUUGCCAAGCAACUUCCAAGCUCCACAACAACAUGGCUCAUUAACCAAAUGAUCUCGAUCCUCAUCACCGCAAGUGCCAACACGUGUACGUAGUCUUCUCGGAGCACAUAAU